AUGCACUCUUUCAUACGAAUUGUUGGGGUGUACGGCGACGGCUUCAUGGCGUCACAUUUAACAUUGAAAAAUAUAGCCGUCAUUGUAGAUAAGUAUGCUGUUGCAGUGGACAGUGCAUCGAGUUUCUCCGUCUUCUAUCGAUGUGAAUUUAAAGCACAAAAAGGUGCUUUACUCGCCAGAGGAUAUUACCAACUCUACCGCAAGUGCAAGAUACAGGGUGCUAGCGACCUUGUAUUUGGAAAUGCACAUACGAUUCUCCAACGGGAUGCAAUCUAUUCCAAUGCAUCACUGUACUGGGGUGUACCUUUAGGACCCUUUGCUAAAAUAGUAAUAAUGCAAAGUCUUUUAGAGGUUAGGGGCACUUGGUCUUACGCCCCAUAUACACCUUCUACCGUUUUUUAUGGCCAACACAACAAUUCCAGGCCAGGUGCAGUUGAUGGUAUUAUGUCACCAUAUGUUAACACAUUGGAACGUAAUCAAGCAUCUGAAUAUACCGUUCGAGAUUUCUUGAAUGGUGAAACUUGGUUGUCACCGGAUAUGCCACACGACCUUGAUUUACUUUAG